AUGGUUUUAGUUCAAGAUUUAUUACAUCCAUCUCCAGCUACUGAAGCUCAACAACACAAAUUAAAGACCUUAGUCCAAGCUCCAAGAUCUUUCUUCAUGGAUGUCAAAUGUCAAGGUUGUUUAAACAUCACCACUGUUUUCAGUCAUGCCCAAACCGCUGUCACUUGUGACUCUUGUUCUACCGUUUUAUGUACCCCAACCGGUGGUAAGGCUAAGUUGACCGAAGGUUGUUCUUUCAGAAGAAAGUAA